GCCUCCGUCGUCCUGCCUCGUGCACGUGAUGGUGUCGCCGUCGGUCGCGCUCCUCGCCCUUCUCCCGCUGGUGCGCGGGGCGCUGCCGGUGGAUCCCUCGGGAGUUGGCCCGUCCCUCCUGCAGCGCGGCGACGGCAACGAGGACGACCUCGGCCUGGGCUACGAGGACCAGCUGGAGGAGGACGAGGAGUGGAAGCCCACGAAGCGACGCGCCUCGACCCACCACAAGGCCAGCUACGAGGAUCUGACCAAGUACAUUGACGAGAUCGUCCCGAUCCUGGAGAAGGACUUCAAGGCGAGGACGCAGGAGCUGAAGGUGGCACUGGCCAACUUCAAGUCCAAGCAGCACGACAUGGAGGUGGCCAAGAAGGAGGCGACCCAGGCCAUGAAGGCACUCCGCCAGGAGGCGGAGAAGCGCCGCAGGUCCGCGAGCGACCGCAAGAAGGCCAAGGAGAACGAGCGCAAGGCCAAGGAGGAGGCCGUUCGCACCGCUAAGGAGGCGAUGAUCAAGAAGGCGCAGGCCCUCAUGGGCGCCAAGGGCCAGUCGGACAACGUCAUGCUGAGCGAUACCGCCCUGGGCACCAUGGUCAACGUGCUCAUGGCCUUGCCGGCGGCGGUGGAGAACCCCAUUUUCACCAAGCGCCUGAACAGGGCGAAGGAAGAUGCGGUGAACACCGUCCAGGACUUCCUCAACAUCACGCGCCGCAAGACCUCGAAGUUUGUGCUGGCGGCCUCCAAGGCCUCCGACGUGGAGCUCUCCUUCCUCCUGGCGCGCUACUUCCACGAGGCCUCAUUCCGCACCAAGGCGAUGCAGUCGGACGGGGAGAAGAUUGCCAGGGAUCUCAACGUCGUGAUGCCCAGGGAGCUGAGGCAAGCUUUCCUGCCUAUCAUCAAGGGCAUACGCGCCCAGGCGCUCCCGCUGAGGGUGAACGCCUCCAGUCUUGCGGAGGCGACCAUCACCGACGCCUGCACCCAGAUGUCCAGUCUCAUGGCGAACAUCAGCGACUAU